AUGGAGGUGUCUUCGAUGACCCAGUCGUUGAGUCGAUCUCUAGGUGAGUUCUUCCGGGUUUGGGUCUCCGAGAUCUCUGGGUUCGAGUCUCCACGCGAGUCAAUUCUUCGACACGGUUUAUGUAGCCUCCCCUUGAAUCCGGCCCGUGUACCAACUCGUUUUGGAAUUGGGUAUUUGGAUUUCUGCAAGGAGGGUUGUGAGGAAGAGCCUGCCAUGGAGAGGGUGGAGUCUAGAAGGGGAUUGAGGGAAAAUAUGUUUGAGAGACUAAGGAAGGAGAAUUCUCUAGGUCUGGUCGAAUCAAGCCCCAAUGGUGGUGCUUCUGAUGUUGGGUGGGUUUCGGAGCUGGUGAAGUGA